UUUCCUAUUGCCUCUGUCGUGAAAUUAUGCUUUGCUUUGUUCCCCCACUUCGGAUGGCAGCCGGCCAUCACUUUUUCAAUUUUACCAAAAAUUAAACCCUAAUUUCAUGAAUUCCCUCAAAUUGAAAAUCUCCUGCCCCCGAUCUCGAUCAGGUUUCAUCAACUAAUGAAGAGAAUCCGCUAAAACCUCCCAAAUCGUCGAUGGAUUUCACCGAAUUGGAAGCGAUCGAGGGUUUGCGCUGGCCGUGGCACUCAUGGCCCCUCUCCAAGCCCGAAGUCUCAGCUCUCGUCGUUCCGUUAUCGGUAAUGUGCACUCCGCUCACGCCCUUCACCGAGCUCCCGAUCCUAGCUCACGACCCGGUCAACUGCUCCCAGUGCGCCGCGGUCUGGAACCCCUACUCCCGCGUCGAUUACACCUCCAAAAUCUGGAUUUGCCCCUUCUGCUACCGGAGAAACCCUUUCCCGAGAUCGUACGAUCAUAUCAACGAGAACAACAUCCCCGCGGAGCUCUUCCCCACUUACAGCACCGUCGAGUAUCAUCUAGGCCCCGCGCCGCGGUCGAAUAGCGAUUCGUUCUCGAAUUUUCCUGCCUAUUCGGGUUUGGAGAGGAGUGGGGCUGGUGUUGGAGCUGGACCGGCGUUUGUGUUUGUUGUGGAUGGUUGCUCUUCGGAGGAGGAUUUGGGGGCUUUGAAGAGUGAGUUGCUGCAUAUAAUUGCGCGUCUGCCGGAGAAUGCUUUGGUUGGACUGGUGGUUUUUGAUGCAAUGGUGAGGGUGUAUGAUUUGGCAUUCACGGAUUGUUUGAGAGUUGUGGUGUUUCAUGGAGGGCGCGAGGUCUCGUCUGAAAAGGCCAAAGAGCUCCUUGGGCUCCAUCACAUGAAGCAGUCUAUUGGAAAGACUUCAUCAGUACAAAAGCAAGGCUUUCUGGUUCCAGUAUCCGAAUACGAGUUCAAUAUCACCACAGCAAUUGAAGAAAUCCAUUCUUCACCUGUGGUCAAGCCAGGACAUCGACCUUUACGGUGUACAGGGGUUGCAAUAGCAGUUGCUAUUGGACUGUUAGAAGGAUGCCUUAUAAAUACUGGUUCGCGUGUGAUGGUCUUCACAACUGGACCUGCAACAGUUGGCCCUGGAAUGAUUGUUGACUCAGAUUUUGGCAGUGCUAUUAGAACUCACCGUGAUCUCAACAAUGGUUAUGCUUCCUACCAUAGAAAAUCUUUUGAAUAUUACAAGCAAAUAUCUCAGAGAUUAUCCGAGUCAUCCAUCGUUCUUGAUCUGUUCGCCUGCUCUCUGGAUCAGGUUGGAGCAGCUGAGUUGAAAGACCCAGUUGAAAGCUCCAACGGUUUUAUGAUGUUAGGAGAGUCGUUCGAAUCUGAGGAGUUUAGAAAAAGCUUGCGUCACAUGUUUGAUCGUGACAGUGAUGGAAAUUUAGAGAUGGCUUUUGAUGUGACCAUAGAGAUAGUGACUUCCAAAGACGUGAAAAUUUGUGGAGCACUUGGACCUUGCAUUUCUCUCCAAAAGAAGAAUGAUACAGUGAGUGAGAAAGUGAUUGGUAAAGGAGGUACCUACAUUUGGAAACUGGGUACAGUCACCAGCAAAACAUGCAUUGCUUUCUUCUUUGAAGUUGCAGGUGAACAGAAAUCUCAACCGAGCUCCGCAUUUUUCAUUCAGUUCAUAACACAAUACAGAUAUAGUAACAUGGGAGUUCGGAAGAGGGUGACAACUGCUGCAAGAAGGUGGGUGGUGAAACACUCACCAGAAAUUGCUUCAGGAUUCGAUCAGGAAGCAGCUGCUUCUGUUAUGGCUAGGCUUGCCAUCAAUAAAACAGAAGAGAUUUUCGCCCAUGAAGUAAUCAGAUGGUUGGAUAAAAUGCUGAUACGUUUUUCAUCUAAAUUUGGUGAUUAUGUGCCAGAAGAUCCAUUAUCCUUCCGCCUUUCCACAAACUUCUCCCUCUUUCCACAGUUUAUGUAUUACUUGAGAAGAUCCCAGUUCAUGGAUGUCUUCAACAGCACUCCAGAUGAGACGGCUUAUUUCCGCCUGAUGCUGAACCGUGAAGGGGUGGUGAACUCUCUUAUCAUGGUGCAGCCAACCCUGUUCCAGUAUUCAUUUGAUGGGCCACCUAUUGCAGUUGUUUUGGAUGUAUGCUCCAUCUCUUCCGAUGUGAUAUUACUCUUCGAUUCCUUCUUCCAUGUCGUCAUUCACCAUGGCUCUAAGAUUGCGCAAUGGAGAAAGCUUGGCUAUGACAAGGAUCCGAGCCAUGAAAGCUUCAGGGAACUCUUGGAAGCUGUGGAGCUUGAUGCCGAGCAACUGAUGGCUGGACGGAUCCCAGUCCCAAAAUUCGUAAAGUGUGACCAGCACAGCAGCCAGGCAAGGUUCCUUCUUGCUAAGCUAAAUCCAUCUGUCACUCAAAAUUCGACGUAUAAAGAGGGUUCGGAAUUUAUAUUUACCGAUGAUAUUAGCUUGCAAGUGUUCACUGAGCACUUGCAAGCCCUGGCUGUGCAGGGUUGAUUCUAAAUCUAUACAUAGAAACGAUGAUUGUAUAUGUAUUCAAAAAAGUGUGUCAAUAGUUUUGGGUUUUUGGUUAUA